UGGAGCUGGAGGCGAGGGCACUGGUACCAGCGCUUGAACUUGGCUUCUGUACCCGCGCUGCGAUUGUUCAUCUGAGUUAACUGAGGCGGAAAAGUCUAGUCCAGCAGAAGCAAGCUUUUUGCAUUACUUGAGAAGUUUGCAAAGCCACCACGAUGUCUCUCGCAGUGAAGGAAAAGAGUCAGGUCCGGCUGGUCUUCCUCGGGGCAGCUGGGGUGGGGAAGACUUCACUGAUACGGAGAUUUUUACUCGAUACCUUUGAGUCGAAGUACAAGCGGACAGUAGACGAACUUCACAGCAAAGAGUACGAAGUGGGGGCAAUGAAAAUCAAAAUCGAGAUCAUGGACACGAGUGGCAGCUACUCUUUCCCGGCUAUGAGGAAGCUCUCCAUCCAGACUAGCGAUGCCUUCGCCCUAGUCUACGCCGUGGACGAUGCUGAGUCUUUCCAAGCUGUGAGGAGCCUGAGGGACGAGAUCCUAGACAUCAAGGAAGAUAAAUACACUCCUAUUGUGGUGAUUGGCAAUAAGACAGACAACCUGAACGAGAGGCAGGUGUCGACCGAGGAUGUCAUGUCUCUCGUGGAGUUGGAGUGGAACAACCGGUACCUGGAAUCCUCGGCCAAGGACAACGCCAAUGUUGCGGAAGUUUUCCGGGAACUCCUGCAACAGGCCAACUUGCCGAGCCGCCUGAGUCCCUCCUUGCGGAGAAGACGGGAAACUUUUCCAGCGGGAAACAAAUCCAGGCCCCCCAUGAACAAAACCAACAGUUGCCUCAUCUCCUAGACCGCAGUCACGGGCUGAGCAGACUUUCUUUCGACACGAUCAAAGAGGCUGUUAAACGCCAGGCUUCUUGCAGAGCAGAACUUGAAGGACUCCGUCUCCAUAGUGGAGAGAACUGUGCAAGAGAACUUUAUAGGUGCUUGAAAGUGAAGGCGAGCAUUCGUGGCAUAUCUAAAGCAGUCUGUUUUUAUUUGUUAAUUUAAUUGCUUUGACAUUUGCCUUUAGUGAAGAUACUGAAUGGGACCAAUUGAUGUAUAUUUUAAGGUAAAUUCCAUUGCAAGCUUGUAUCGGUGAUCUUAUGAUCUAACACUAGUUGCUUCAGAUAUAUUGAUCAGCCCUCGAUCUGCUGUAACGGUGCAGCCUGAUAGCUUUGUUUACAGAGUUCAUAUCCCUGCAUUGUUUGGCAACGGGGUGUUACUAUUUAUUUAUACUUCCAAGUUACCGAAUCUUGAUGUUACACUGUUACCGAAAAUCUAUAUUAUUUUGUACUUAUUUUAUAAAGUAGAAUAAAUAACUAUA